AUUCAUAACAAUCAUAGAGGCUCCGACGCUCAGGAUAUCUUCCCACAAGGUUGGACACCAGAGCUAAUAGAUACCGUUGAUUUUGGAGGGCAAGUUAUGGGGCUCUGCUAUGUAUAUCAGAUCAUACCAGGGUAUGACCCUCAAGACACUAAUCUGCAAAACGAUUGAACAAAACUUGUUGAGGUACCAAUGGAAUUCCUCAGCAGUGCAUGGAUUCUUCUGUGUACGGUUCUACUUGUCUCAGCCCUCCUGUUUAGAAAAUCAGGCAGAGGACUCAAAUUGCCGCCUAGCCCAACUCGCUUACCCAUUUUAGGGAAUCUUCAUCUCAUAUCCAAUCUUCCUCACAGAUCUCUCUGUAAACUGGCACAAAAAUAUGGCCCAAUUAUGACCAUCUACUUGGGUUCUUUUCCAACCAUUGUUAUAUCAUCCUCACAUAUGGCUGAACAAUUCCUAAGAAAUUAUGACCACAUAUUUGCAAGCCGUCCUGUAAUGGGAGGAGAUAACGACUUGCUCAGCCCCCAGAAACUCACAUUUUCUCCAUAUGGCCCAUACUGGAAAUUCAUGAGAAAAUUCAUUAUCCAGGAGCUUCUUUCCCCCAACAGAAUGAGGUCUUUUGCAUCCCUCAGAGCCCAAGAAGUCUUUGCCAUGAUAUGUUCCAUACAAUCCAAAGCUGGGACUAAUCCUGACAGUGUUGUAGAUGUGACCAAAGAAGUGGGUUCUCUGACUAACAAUAUUAUCUGCAGAAUGUCAUUUGGGAAGAAGUUGAAUGAAGCCCAGCUUGACGGAAGAACAUUCAGGGAGGUUUUGUAUGAACUGCUUGCUCUUUCUAGUAGUGGCUUUGCUUACAGUGAUUACAUUCCUCUGUUGGGUCGGCUUUCUUUGCAGGGCAAUAGGCAUAGACAAGCUGAACUUGCUAAGAUUUUGGAUGUGUUUAUGGAGAGUAUUGUGGAUGAGCACUUUGAAAGGAGGAAGAAAGGCAUUGAUUUGGAGUGUGGGGAUUUUGUGGAUUCUCUGAUUUCUUUGUCUGAAGAUGAAUCCAUGGAGAUCAAAAUUACAAGAGAUCACAUCAAGAAUGUCACUUUUGAUAUAUUGGCUGCAGCAACAGAUACUUCAGCAGGGGUAUUGGAUUGGGCAAUCUCAGAAUUACUCAGAAAUCCCAUUGCAAUGAAGAAAACUAAAGAAGAGCUUGAUUCUGUAGUAGAGCUGGAUCGUAUGGUAGAAGAAUCUGAUUUGCCUAAUCUCCAUUAUCUGCAAUCAGUAGUGAAAGAAACACUGCGACUAUACCCACCUGCACCUCUACUCCUUCCACAUGAGUCUAUAGAACAUGCCACAAUAGAGGGUUAUCAGUUACCAAAGAAGACUCAACUUCUAGUGAAUGUUUGGGCUAUUGCAAGAGAUCCAACUCAUUGGGAAGAAGCCAGCAAAUUCAAGCCAGAAAGAUUUCUGGGAAGCCAGAUUGAUGUGAAAGGUCACCAUUUUGAGGUUCUCCCAUUUGGUUCUGGCAGGAGGGGAUGUGUAGGAAUUAAUUUAGGUUUUUCCAUCAUCCAUCUUGGGCUUGCCCAGUUAUUACACUGCUUCAAUUGGAGUCUUCCUCAAGGGAUCACUCCUCAGAAUCUGGAUAUGUCUGAAAUAUUUCAUAUCAACUCAAGAAGGGCAGUGCCACUUCUUGCCAUCCCAACUCCUCGCCUUCCAUUACAGCUAUAUGAGCUAAACAACUGAAGUGAAUGGAAAAAAGGGAAUUCACAAUCCUGUGUGUGCAUUGUUCAGUUGCUUGUUCAAAUCUACUUAAGCAGUAUGUUUUUUAAUCUACCACAAAAUCUUUUACUA